UUAUUUUCACAAACAUAUUUGCCACCAUUUUUCGCAAUGUAUCUGUCAUCUGAAUGUGUUAACGCUCUGAAAUACUCUGCUUUUUGGCAGAACACAAAUGAUCCUUCACUCAAAAACUUUUUAGAAUUCCAACUCCAAAUGGGUGAUUUGAAAGAUCCAGAAUUAGAAUAUAGAUGA